AUCCAAGAGUUUGUCCUUGCCGCAGACGAAGACAUGCGCUUCUUCAACGACUCGGAAAUGUCAAGGAUUGAAACUGCCUUGGCUUCCACGGGCUCGGCUGAUGGGGCCAAAAUCCGCAGAGUGGCAGCCAGGAUCAUGCGAGACUUCCAAGGAACCAUUCUAGAAGGAGCGCAGGAGAGGCUGGCAGAGCUGCAGCCGGAGCUGGUGAAGGAGGGAGGGAUGCUGUAUCCUCCAAACAGAGCCCAAGCCUUCUGGGAGGAGCUCAAACAUCUCUUGCGCCUUGCGCACUAUGCGACGGCGAUAGGAACACGCGAGUACACGAGGAGCCGGGAUGUGACGGCGUUCAGAGAGAUGCUGUCACAGAUCGACAUCCCGCGGGCUCUCGUCGUCGAGUCCCUUCAAGCCAUGCAACUCCGCGCUGGCUACUUGUGCAGCAGGUGCGCCAAGGAAUCGCCAGAGAGCUGGGUGGCGUCCUUUUCCUCCUUGCAGCACUUGAUAGAUGGAAUGAAUCAUACUGUGAGCUAA